UCUACUCUACUCUAAGUAUCUAUUUUCGGCUCUUCUGUUCUAUUCUAUGCUCUACUUGUCUAUUCUUUUCCCCUCUUUUUUUCUCUCCUGUUCUUUCUCUUUCUCUUUCUCUUUCUGACAGUACUAUUGAUUAGCACCUGUUAGUUUCAUUAGUCCCAAAGCAACUUCAUACACUUCCAUAUUCCAACUUUCCUAAAUCAUGUUUACUCAUCAUAAUCACUGUUUGUAUUUAAUAUAAAACACAAAUAAAAACCCCUCUCAAACAUGUUCAAAAUAAACUCAGUCCAGAUAUAACAAAACGCUUUUGGUGUAUGUGUAAACUUUGCAUUUUACAAACUGUGACUUUAUCACCUUGGAAGACGGUUAUUUAAACAAACAUACGAACACAUGUGAAAAAGUCAGUGUGACACUAUAUGAGUUAUCCGUUCAGUGUUUGAACAAUUUGAUGAAACAACUUUGCUCUCAAUUAAAACGUCGACCAUGCAACGAAGGAUUGUGUAUUUAAAACCUCAAUCUAGUCUGUUUGAGUUACAUAUAGGUUUUCAUUUCUAUACUGAUCGUYAUUCAAGAAUAAGCCAGCAGUCCAGCAAUGAGGAUGGGCAUCGUUUUCUACAUGGUGGUUUUCUUCUCUCUAGUUAGCGUUAAUUAUUCAAGACAGUCAAAGCAAGGCAAUGGCGUUCAGUUAAACGAUGAUUGUCAUAAUGGAAUUGGUGKUAGCGGUGGGAGCGGCUGUAAUGGUGGAAAUAGUGGAAACAGCGGCGGUAGUGGUGGUAGUGGCCAAUGYCCAACAAUUGACGUGCUCUUKAAAACCUGCUGUAAAUCAGGAAAAGAUGGGCAAGAUGGAAGGAACGGUCGUGAUGGACAAAAAGGAGAUAAAGGCGACAAGGGAGAUCGUGGGCCACCAGGAAGCAGUGGGAAAUGCAACUGUACCAUAAAACAAGAAGUAAGAUAUCACGUAGCUGACCGAUAG